CGCCAUUGUGCGCCGUCCCCGCCUGGGAUGAUUGAGACGACAACAAGAGACCCGGCCCAUGUAUAGAUGAUGAACAUGGCGUCUUCCUGCUCGCGCCAGCUCAUGCGAGCCCCGCUCCGUCCGCGGUUUCACACACGCACACACGCACAUGCACGCCGCCCGGCCCCGUCGCGCACCUUCACUUCGACUCGGGCGUCGUGCGACAAGCAGGAUUUCCACCGCAAAGAGUCGUUUAGGUCACGGCUCAACUCGGCGCUCAAGAACACCAAAAUCAAAUGGGAGCCAAUACCAAUCGCACUCGGCAUUGGCUUCCUCGGUGCAUUCCAAGUGUACCGCAUACAGCGCCGGGAAAAGCAUACAGAGGCCGAGGGGCAAAAUGGAGGCGAGGAUGCCCAAGGCCGCCCCAAGAAGCGCGAGAGGAUACGGCCAAGCGGGCCAUGGACCGUCCAGGUCAUGUCCACUCUGCCACUCAAAGCUCUUUCGCGCCUGUGGGGGCGCUUCAACGAGAUCGACAUCCCGUACUACCUGCGCGUGCCUGGCUUCAAGCUCUACUCUUGGAUAUUUGGCGUCAAUCUCUCCGAAGUUUCAGAACCAGACCUACAUGUAUACCCCAACCUCGCCGCAUUCUUCUACCGCACCCUCAAACCCGGGGUCCGCCCUCUAGAUCCUAACCCCAAUGCCGUCCUCUCUCCUGCAGAUGGCAAGAUUAUCCAAUUCGGUACCAUUGAGCACGGCGAAGUGGAGCAAGUCAAGGGUGUAACGUACAGCUUGGACGCUCUGCUAGGCUCCACUAGGCCCAGCAAGCCAGAUCACAAUAUUGCCAACUCGCAAGUCCGCGCCAGCGAGCACGAAAAGACGCCACAAGACGAAGAGGAUACUGUUCGUGCAGACGAGGAAUUCGCAAACGUAAAUGGUAUUUCGUACACGCUACCCAACCUGUUCUCCGGACCAUGGCCCAAAGGCGGAAAGCCGGCCGAAAUGCCAACGGAUCAGUCUGUUCCAUCGACUGCCUCGUCCGAAGCCGAAGUACGCGCCGACCUUGCUUUGAGCGAAGCACAACGCCCAUGGUGGGCACCGGCGUCUCAAACGACACCCACAGUGCUCUACUACUGCGUCGUGUACCUCGCGCCGGGCGACUACCACCGGUUCCAUUCGCCCGUGUCAUGGGUUGUUGAGUCGCGCCGCCACUUUGCUGGCGAGCUCUACAGUGUAUCGCCGUACCUGCAGCGCACCAUGCCUGGUCUGUUCACGCUGAACGAGCGAGUGGUUUUGCUGGGGAGAUGGCGCUGGGGAUUCUUUUCUUACACGCCCGUGGGCGCAACCAACGUCGGUUCUAUCAAAAUCAACUUUGAUCGUGAACUCCGUACCAACAGCCUGACCACGGACACUGCGGCAGAUCGGGCAGCGGAGGAAGCGGCAGCGCGUGGUGAACCAUACUCUGGUUUCGCCGAAGCUUCCUAUACAAGCGCCGGCCGUGUCUUGGGAGGAUAUGCACUCAAACGCGGCGAUGAAAUGGGUGGGUUUCAGUUGGGCAGUACGAUUGUCUUGGUGUUUGAAGCGCCAAAGGGCGUCCGACCUAGUUUAGACGAAGGCUUUAGCGGCAUUCGCGGUGAGAGGAAAGGUGGCUUCAGAUGGAACAUCGAACAAGGGAAGAAGGUCAAGGUUGGCGAGGCGUUGGGUUAUGUGGAGGAAGUCCUGUAACACAUGGAUCCCUUUACUCGAGGCAUC